AUGAAUCAUGAAUUUCCAAAUUGUGAUGAUAUUUUUUCAAAUAAUUCAGUGGUCGACUGUAAAGAAAUUCAAAAAAAAAUCAAGAAUUAUAUUGAUAAAAAAAAACAAAAAAUCCAUUUAAUUAUCAGAGAUAAUUAUCAUAAUCUAAUAAAUGUUGCAGAUGGAAUUAUUAAAAUGAAAAUGAAUUUUGAAACUAUUAAUCAGAAAUUAAAAAAAAUUAUAGACUCCCUCACAGUAAAAAAGUCAGACGAAUCUUUAAUAAACACAAGUAUUAGAAUCAAAACAUCUAUUGAUGAAAAUAAACUAGUAUAUAUUCAUACGAUAAAACUAUUACUAUAUUUUCCACAAUUAAUAAGAAAAUUAAUAUCAGAUUCCGAAUAUUUAUUAGCUUCAAUACUCCUACAAAAAAUUAACCAUUUAAAUAACCAAUUUAAAAAAAUAAGGAAUAAAGAUAUACUCCUAAAUAAUAUCAGAAUUACAGAAUCAAAACAAUUUUUAAUAAAAAUGAUCAAAACAGAAAUAUGUAAUGCUAUUCCGGAAAAAAAUACUUAUAAAGUUCUUUCAUAUCUUUCUUCUCUUAAUAUAAUAUAUAAAAACACAUCAUUAAAUACAGAAAAAAUGUUUUGGGAAAUUAGAAUGAAAGACAUUUCUAAUAUUCCCUUUAAAGACAAUAUGGAUCCAAAUAGCUUUCAUAUUACACUAAAAAAAAUUAUUCAUACAGCAAUAAUUGGUCAAUAUAUAUUUCCAGAAAAAUUUAGGAAUUUUAUGAAAAUGAAACUAAAAAUAGAUAAUCUUAUAGUUUCUAAGUAUUAUCAUAUUUAUAAUAAAUAUAUAUAUGUAUUAGAAAACUAUAAGCUAGAAGAAUCAUUAUUUGAGUCAGAUAAAUUAAACCAAAACGACUCAGAUAACAUGUAUAUAGAAUGGGGGAACGAAAUUUUAAAAAUUAUUCAACAUAAUGGAUCUAAUUAUUUAAAUAAAAUCAGAACUAUAAAUUCACUGAUAGAACAAUGGAAUAAUAUCAUAUUAUUUUUUAAUGAAACAACAUUUAAUUUUAGUAAAGAAGAUGUUAAAUUAAAUUCAUUUAUAUUGAGACUUUGGGAAAGUACAAGAAUUAUAUUUAACAAACAUAUGAAUUCCAUAUUUAGAAUUUCAGUAAAUUCAGUUUUGGAAUUAGAAGAACAUAUGAAUAAUCAACUUAAAAAUAUGAGAAUGCAAAAUGAAUCACUUGAACCAUCACCUUCAUUUAAAGUUGAUAAUAAAGUUUGGAACAAUAUUGAAUCACUACUAAAUUAUCAAAUUCAAAAACCAGCACUUUUUAUAAAGAGUUUUAAAGAAGAACUUGAUAAAAUUCAAAAAAAAAUUGAAACAGAUUCAAUAAUAAUCAUACAAAAACAAGAACCAAAUAGUGCUAUAUUAAAGAAUUUAGAAUUCAACACCUACAAAAAAAGCGAUAUUUCAAAUUUUCACGCAAAAUUAACAAAAGAUAUUUAUAAUAAAUUAUCUAAAAAGAUAGGAAAAAUUAUAACAAUUUUUUUAGCAUUAAAGUACAAUAAUCUAUCUAAUUCAGACAAUCAAAAUUCUCUUCCAAAUCAUCCUAGUUCUGAAAUAAUUGCUAUUAUUCAAGAUAUUGGAUGGGGUAUGAUGAAUAUUGAUAACAAUAUUUUUGACUACAAUGGUCUAAUAACUAUAAAAUGCUGUUUUAUUGAUACAAUCUAUUCUAUUCUAGAAAAUAUAUUUAAUACUAAAAUAUUCAAUAAAGACAGUCACUAUAAAGAAUAUGAAAAAUAUGGGCACAACAACAAUAAUUUAUAUUAUGAGAACCAAAGUUCUCAGUUUACUCCUAUAACUAUCACAGGACAACUACAAUUUUACUUUGAUAUAAAAUACUUAAUGACGUUGUUUGGAAAUAUACCUUAUAAAAACAAAAAAUUAAAAAAAAUCAAUUAUAUUAUAAAUGUAUCUAUAUUUUAA